GGAUGCAACACGCAGCUGUCGACUACAUGACGGCGAUGCAGAGCUAUCCUUCGUUGAUGCAACAGCGGGUGCUUCUCACAUUUUAAGGCUCUACUAGUUGUCGUAGGAUUUUGUUAUCUACUUUUCUUUUAAGCUGCUUCUAGUACUAAGAUUUUGUUAUCUACUUUUCUUUUAAGCUGCUUCUAGUACUAGGAUUUUGGUAUCUACUUUUCUUUUAAGCUGCUUCUAGUACUAGGAUUUUGUUAUCUAGUACUUUUCUUAAUCUUGUUAUCGAGUGUGUGACUGUGAUCUUAUUCUAGGACCAGAGUGGGGCUUUUCCCCUUCUAGGAAUCAGUCAAGGGGGAAGAGUCUUCUGAGGGGAAAGAUAUAGGCUAUCGCGGGUAAGUCAGUCAGUGUCAGUGAAAAGCAAACCGUCAGUCAAAAAUCACCUCUAAGCACCGCAACUGGUAAAGACUGCGCGCCCACGUGAAGUUUACCUCAUGCUGUGCGAGGGCCGUAGCCACUUAGCGCAGUUGGACCAGGCUGUCGAUAGCGAGAUGCUGGGUUCGAAUCCAGGUUCUUCG